GAAGAAAAUAGAAAUAAUAAGGAGAAAAAGAUUCAUAAGGUGUUCUAACACUACACUUCGAAUAAAUAACACAGCAAAAGUGAGAGAGAAAGACACAGAAAGAACGAGAGGAAUUGAGACGACGACCAUAACAAAGUUGAUUAGAGUAUGAGUGGUGCUCCUGUUAAAAGAUCGCAUGAAGAGGGUGUUUAUUCUUCUUCUUCAAAAUACCCUCCACAUGAGGACACAGGUUCAAACCCUAAGCUGACAUCUGGGGUUUCAAAUGAGUACCAUCCACCAUAUGAGAUGGGUCCGGAUGCUCGGGUGGCAAAGAUUUCCAGAACUGAGUCUCGAGAUGCAGAUAGAAGAUCACCUUUGCAUUCAAUGUAUCGAAUGUCGCCAUCUUCAAAUGAAUCACACAUGGAUUCUCAUUCUAAUGUUGCUCCUGAAAGCAGGCUUGAAUCAAGGGAUUCCAAGGACAGCAGAGAUCACAGGAUUGAAAACCGUGACCCAAGGACUGAUGCAAGAGAGGUGUAUGGUGAGGUAAAGAGGGAUUCACAAAGUGUUAAAAAUGAAAAGGAUGCGAGGUUUGAUAGUAGAGGGGAUGACAAUAAGGAAGUAAAGCAUGACAGGGAGGCUCAUAUUGAUCUGAAGGAUGGUUUUGGUGCAGCAAGUAGUCAAGUGAAUUGGAAGGAAUCCAAAGAAUACCAUAGAGGAAAGAGAUAUUUGGAAUCCCCAGGUGGACAUGUGGAUCCUUGGCUUAUAUCACGUGGUAAUUCUCAAGGUCCUGCUGAGAUAGGAAAGGAAAGCACUAACAUUGAGGAGAGAGAUCAUGUGGAAGCUCAUGAGGCAGUUGGUGAAAAUAAACUUGAUUCAAAAGGUGAGGAUAGAUUUAAAGACAAGGAUAGGAAGCGGAAAGAUUUAAAGCACCGGGAAUGGGGAGACAAAGAUAAGGAAAGAAGCGACCGAAGAGGAAACAUGCAAGUAGGCAACAGUAGUGCUGAGGGCAAGGAGUCAGUGAAGGAAGAGAGAGAAGCAGAGAGGUGGGAGCGGGAGAGGAAGGACCUGUCAAAAGACAGGGAAAGGUUAAAAGAGAGGGAGAAGGACCACUUAAAGAGAGAAUCAGGAGCUGGAGCUGAAAAAGAGAGUUCGCACAAUGAAAAGGAAUCUGCAGAUGGAACUGUCAGAAUCUCAGAACAGGAAAAUCCAGUUUUAGAGCCAAAAAAACAGAAAGAUUUUGAUAACUGGAAAAAUGUUGAUAGAGAAGCUAAAGAUAGAAAGAAAGAAAGAGAAGCUGACAUAGAAGGAGAUAGACCUGAGAAGGGAAGCAGGAUGUUUGGCAAAGAAUCCGAUGAUGGAUUUGCGGAUGGGGAAAGGAUUAGUGAAAGAGAAAGAGAAGUUUUUAACUAUGGAGUCCAACAGCGCAGGAGGAUGCUUCGGCCUAGGGGUAGCUCACAAGUGGCAAGUCGUGAACCCCGUUUUAGGUCCCAUACCCAGGACACUGAAGGAUGUCAAGGCAAAUCUGAGGUAUCCUCUGUUGUUUAUAAAGUUGGUGAAUGCAUGCAAGAGCUGAUAAAGUUAUGGAAGGAGUAUGAAUCAUCUCAAUCUGAUAAAAAUGGUGAAAGUAGUCAUAAGGGCCCCACUCUUGAAAUUCGAAUACCAGCAGAACAUGUUACUGCUACAAAUCGCCAAGUAAGAGGUGGACAAUUAUGGGGGACGGAUAUAUACACAGAUGAUUCUGAUCUUGUUGCUGUUCUCAUGCAUACAGGCUACUGCCGUCCCACUGCUUCUCCUCCUCCACCUGCCAUCCAAGAGUUAUGUGCUACUAUAAGAGUGUUGCCUCCACAAGAUAGCUACACCUCUAUGCUGAGAAAUAAUGUUCGCUCACGUGCCUGGGGAGCUGGAAUCGGUUGUAGUUACCGUGUUGAGCGUUGCUGCAUCGUGAAGAAAGGAGGUGGAACCAUUGAUCUUGAGCCCUGUCUUACACACACAUCAGCAGUUGAACCCACCCUUGCACCUGUGGUUGUUGAACGUACAAUGACCACCCGCGCAGCAGCUUCGAAUGCAUUGCGGCAACAGAGAUUUGUGCGUGAAGUUACAAUACAGUACAACCUAUGCAAUGAGCCAUGGAUAAAAUACAGCAUUAGUAUCGUUGCUGACAAGGGUCUGAAAAAGCCUCUCUAUACUUCUGCACGUUUGAAGAAGGGAGAGGUUCUAUAUUUAGAAACACAUUCAUGCAGGUAUGAGCUCUGUUUUACUGGAGAGAAAAUGGUCAAAGCAACACAGGCUUUGCAGGUGCAUGAAGAGACAGAGAAAUCCCAUAAUCACCACCCUCAUUCCUCAAAUGGAGAGAAGACUGACUCUGAUAAUGUUCUUAUUGACAUUUUCCGGUGGUCUAGAUGUAAGAAACCACUACCACAGAAGGUCAUGCGGUCAGUUGGGAUCCCAUUGCCCCUUGAACAUGUUGAGGUAUUGGAGGAGAAUCUAGACUGGGAGGAUGUGCAAUGGUCACAAACUGGUGUUUGGAUAGCUGGAAAAGAAUACGCACUUGCCAGGGUGCAUUUUCUAUCUCCAAGUUAGUGUCAGCCUAUCGGUAUGUUUGAUGAGGUAUUGGAGGAGAAUCUUGACUGGGAGGAUGUGCAAUGGUCACAAACUGGUGUUUGGAUAGCUGGGAAAGAAUACGCCCUUGCCAGGGUGCAUUUUCCAUCUCCAAGUUAGCUGUGGCGUCUUGUGUAUCUACAAAUAGUUGUGUAACAAUGUGAUGCAUACAGGAAUAUUAUUGGUUUUUAAUGCUUUUAAUCCUUGACUAUACUAAACAAUUGAAGUUAAUUCCUUUCCUUUGUUAAUAAAAAAUAUCGAUUGGACGGCU